UGUUGGCUCAUGGCUUCUUCUUCCACGAUCGCCAUAGGCAACUGCUCGGUGGAGAUUUCCGGCGACAUCGAUUACGAGAAGAAUGGGAGGAGGGUUUCUUUCAGCAUUCCUGGAUUGGGGACUGUUCGUGUGAGCGCUGCCGGUAAGUUGCUAAGGCUAAUCCUGCAGUUAAAGCGCACGGAUUCCGGUUUUCUUACAGAUUCAACCAGCAUUGUUCCUGUCAAUCCCAAUGCUCUUGACAGUGCUCGAACCAGCAUUGUUCCUGUCCAUCCUAAUGCCCUUGACAGUGCUCCAACCAGCAUUGUUCCUCUCAAUCCCGUAGCUCUUGAUACCACAGGGCAGCAGCUCCUGGAGGACGCUCUCGACCUUUACACCAGCGAAUUUUCUACGUCGUGCGGUGCUUACAUUUUUGGAUGUGUGAAAGAUGGAAAGAACGUCACUCUGGUCCUCGCGGAACACCAACACGUAGUCGCCGCAAUGACUUACCAAAUAUCUUUCUCAGACGAGCUUUGUGCUGUGGUUUUACUAUCUGCCGUACGAAGUAGUCACCAACGGAAGGGGUUAGGGACACGUUUGUGCAUCGAGUUCCAGAGAAGGCUGUGUGAUAUAGGCGUAUCAACAGUGUACUGUUUUGCUGGCAGGGAUUUAAACCGUUGGCUGAUGGUAGCACGAAACCAAAGUUUGCUGAACCGCUAG